CUUUCCACGAGGCUCAUCUGAGCACAAGCAGUUUUGCAGGCAUGAGAAAUCACAGUGAGAGCAACGCUUUUUCACCAUAUGUUAAUGUGAAGAGUGAACAGUAAAUGGUUAAUCUUACUGCGAUCUGGUUCUUAUUAACUGUGGUUUAUCCGGACGUUAAAUUCGGCGUUUCGUUACACCCGAAGGAGAACGUGACAGUGAAAAAGCGGCAUUAUCAGGUGUUUCAAGUGCUGCAAUGUCAGCUCAAUCCAGCAUCAAGUCGACGCCGCCCAGCGACAAGGGCAGUAAACCGACAUCAAGUAAGCCCACCCAGGCGUUAUCAGGUGUUCCAAGUGCUGCAAUGUCAGCUCGAUCCGGGAUCAAGUCGAUGGCGCCCAGCGACAAGGGCAGUAGAACGACAUCAAGUAAGUCCACACAGGCAAGAGCCAAGGCAGAAGCCGCCAAGGUGCGACUGCAUUACGCCAAACAAGAGGCAGUUUGGAAAAUGAAACUGACCACCAGAGAAGCCGAAAUCCAGAAAGAAAAGGCUGCCAGACAAAGAGAAGAGGCUGCCAGACAAAGAGAAGAGGCCGCCAGAGAAGCCGAAACCCAGUUGGAAAUGACAAAAAUAUCGACAGAGUUGCAUGUGCUGCAGCUAGAAGGAGAAAGAGAAGCUGCCAGGGUGGAAGCAAAGUACAUAGAACAAGCUGAAGGGUCGCGUGAUCUGACCGAAGUAAGAUCUACUUUAGAAAGGACCAGACUGGAACGCACAAGCGACUAUGUACAAUAUCAAAUAGACAGGCAGGCUCGUCUCCCCUCUCCAUACGUAUUCGAUAACUUCCCCAGCUACGAGGAACCUCAGAGAGUCACGGUUGCAUCACAUCCAUACGAGGAAGGAAAUUUACCCUCACGGCUCCGUGAUGAAGUCAAGAAUGAAAGAACCAACAACGCUCCUUCACCCCCACAACAGGACGGCGGGGAGGGAGAGGUUCACUCCAGGACAACAAUUGUCAGCUCGAACUGUACAGAAGUUUGCGGUCAAACUCAGUCAAGCCGUUCUUGUUCCGAGAUCUGCCUCACUGAGGUAUACCCUAAAGAAGCACAACAAGACAUUACCAAGUGUAAAGCAACCGACGAGACGCUAGGUCAGUCAGUUUUCGUUCAAACGAAGUAUGACAACAAACUUGCACAAUCAGCUCAAGAUACCAUUUCUUUAAAACCCAAAGACACCAAGGUCUUCAGAGAUGAAGCAAAUAAUGGGGUUGCCCCAUUGCCAAUCAGAGAACCACGCCAGCGCUCACCAGAUAACAAAGAGCAGGCAGUCAAACGGUUCACGUCCUUACGGAAAACCCGGAAAAGGAAACCCGAGAUGCAGCAACGCACCCGAUUGGCCCACGAGGUACUGUGCACCCUAAUGGCAGAGGUCACAGCCAUUAUAAACGCACAAUCAUUCCUACCUGUGUCUUCUGACCCAGAAAACCCCUUUAUACUUUCGCCAUCAAUGCUCCUUACACAGAAGGCAGGGGCACCUCCUCCACCAGGAGACUUUUCAGACAGGGAUCUGUACACAAAGCAAUGGAGACAAGUCCAGGCUCUGGCAAAUCAGUUCUGGCCUCGCUGGAGACAAAAAUAUCUACCUUUGUUGCAACAGAGACAAAAGUGGACAGAACCCCGCAGGAAUCUUCAAGUUGGAAACUUAGUCCUGCUCAGGGACAAGCAAGUCGCUCGCAACAGCUGGCCAAUGGCCAGAAUCACUGCUACAUUCCCUAGCGAGGAUGGACAUGUCAGGAAGAUCGAAUUGAAGACUACCGACCAAGGCGAUGUGAAAAUUUACCAAAGGCCAGUUACAGAAGUUAUUCUACUUCUACCCAAUGACUGAUUAAGAGACUAAGUUUGUACUCUGCUCAUUGUGACCUUACGAAGGUCAAGCGGGGAGUGUGCUGUCUUUACGACAGUUAUUUAGUUUAUAAUAUUUUCGCUUAGUAAUUCAUUCAAUAGUAUUUUCUAGUUAGAAUUAGAAGUGUUUAAAGUAUAUUCAUUGCAUGUAAAAUAUAUCGGCAUGCGAUGACGUCACAUCCGGUUUCGCCGCGUCUUGUGGGAAAACACCGGUUUGAAAUUAGCGCGAGGGUGGGGGCUUUCCACGAGGCUCACCUGAGCACAAGCAGUUUUGCAGGCAUGAGAAAUCACAGUGAGAGCAACGCUGUAAGUUAAUAGAUAAUCGAUAUAUUGAACUAAGAUGUUAAUGCUGACCCUGUUAGAGGUAACGUCGGUAGAUAAUGUUUAUGCUUUCGUUAGUUAAAGAGUCGCGGAUAGUUUGCAUGGAAGUGUAUUUAAAGUAGUCAAUGGAGCAGGUAAACUCUCCCUGUAUACUGCACCUUAGUGUAAUGUAGUUAUAGUCACCUUUGCAAGUAUUUACACUUGAAAUGUGAUAUUAAGGAAGGAACAAAUACUGUAUCAAUCUUGUAUUGUUUUAUCAACAGUUUUCACCAUAUGUUAAUGUGAAGAGUGAACAGUAAAUGGUUAAUCUUA